AUGACAGAAUCAGAUCAAAUAUUAGAUCAAUCAUUAAUUAAAGAUUUAUCUAAUCAUAUAUAUGAGAAGAGAAAAGCUACUGCUUUUCAAAUUGAAUCAUUAACCAAAUCAGCAUUAUCUAAAAAUGAUUCUCAAAAAAUCUAUAAAAUCAUUAAAGAAUUAACUGAAUUAACAUUAUCAAGUUCAAAUUCAUCAAAAAUGGGUGCUAUAACUGCAUUGGGUAGUGUUUCAGUUGCUCUUGGAUCAUUUGCAAUAGCAUACUUUUUAAAAGAUAUUAUAAAACCAAUAUUUGCUACUUUUAAAGAUACUGAUGCUAGAGUUCGAUAUUAUUCUUGUGAAUCAUUAUAUAAUGUUGCAAAAAUUGCCCGUGGUGAAAUUUUAUUAUAUUUUAAUGAAACAUUUGAUAUUUUAUGUAUAUUGGUUAGUGAUUCAGAAUCAAGUGUUAAAAAUGCUGCUGAUAUUUUAGAUAGAUUAAUUAAAGAUAUUGUAAGUGCAAAGGCAACGAAUUAUGUUUCAAUUUUACAUCAACAAGGUGAAGAUAAUGGGGUGAUUAGUAAUUUAAUAGAUGCAAAUGGUAACAGUAUACAGAUAAAUCAACUGCAAGAUCCAUCAAAAGCAUUUUCAUUACCUAAAUUUAUACCUACAUUAUUGGAAAGAAUGUAUACUAUAGAUCCAUUUACAAAGAAAUUUUUAUUAAGUUGGUUGGAAUUAUUUGAUGAUAUACCAUCAUUGGAGCUAAUUUCAUUUUUGCCUAAUUUCCUAGAUCCAUUGAUCAAAUUUUUAUUUAAUGAUUCAUCCAAUGAUAUAAGAUUGGAGACGGAAAACUUAUUAAAUAUAUUUUUAAAAGAGAUUAAACAGAUAACAAACAUAAAAAUUGAGUUAAGAAGAAAGAGAAGAAAAGGGGAAGAAGUUAACGAUGAUCAGUCUAUAAAAUCAGAUGAUACUACAGUAUUUACAAAAAAAGAUGAGUCUAAUGAAGUUGUUUUCGGUCAAGAGAUAUUUAUAGAUCACCCUAAAAUAAUCAAUAUACUAUUACAAUUCCUUCGAGAUCAAGAAAUUGAAUAUGAUUCUGAAAUAUAUCAUCAAGUUCAAGCUAUAAGUUUGAAAUGGUUAAAAGAAAUACUUGAAAUUUCACCAACUGGUAUCCUUAAACAAUUUAAUGAAUGUGUUGCAAUUAUUUUGAAAAAUGUAUCAAAGCUAAACAAUGAAGGUAACCAUAUUGAAUUGAGAGAUAACUUCCUCCAAUUUAAUUUACAAUUACAAAAAUUUUUAUAUAAAUUUGAUGAUGGAAAUAAUGUUGAAUUUAAUGAAUUAUAUGGAUUAUCGAAAGAUAUAGGUGAUGAAUUUAAUGAUGUACAAUUACCAUUAACCUUACAAUCUAUAAUUAAAGAAUAUUUAAAUCAUCAAACAAAUGAAUUAUCUAGAAUAACAAGUUUAGAAUGGUUAAUAUUCAUAUAUUCCAGAUCACCACAACAAUUUUUGAAAUUCUUUCAAGAACAAAACGAAAAAUCAAGGUUUCAAAUUAUUGAUUUAUUAAAAUAUGAUACUUCAAAUGAUGUGAUAUUAAAAGUUUUACAAUUAUUAAGUAUAAUUUCAGAAUCAAAUAAAGAAUUCUUUAAAAAUUUUAUAAUCAAUUUGAUUAAAUUGUUUGAGAUUGAGGGUCAAGAGAAAUCAUUAAAAGUUGAAUUCAUCAUUAGGAAGCUUUGUGUUACAUUAAAUUCAGAAAUUAUAUUUACUACAUUUUCAGAUGUGUUGAUGAAUGCUAAUGAUUUAGAUUUUGAAUUCAAAAAUAAUAUGAUAACGGUGUUAAAUAAUAUAUUAAUGACAACAACUGAAUUAUCACCAUUCAGAAAAAAGUUAAAAAGUAUAGACAUUGAAUCAAAUGAGGCAGAUUUUGAAUUGGUAUUAAAUUUAUUCAAUAGUUGGUGCUACAACAUAGUGUCCCUAAUUUCACUUAGCCUUUUUACUGGCUUAUAUAAAUUAAGUUAUUUGAUAAUUGUAAAUUUACAAGAUUUGGAAUUGAAUUCAGAUAUAUUGAUACAAUUAGAUGUAUUGAUUCAAUUGAUAGAAAGUUCUUUAUUCCUAAAACUAAGAUUGAGGAUAUUGGAACCAAAACAAAAUCCAUUUUUAAUCAAAUCUUUAUAUGGAUUAUUAAUGAUAUUACCUCAAUCAAGUACUUUUAUGUCACUAAAAAAUAGAUUGAAUCUGAUAAAUUAUAAUUUUGAUAAUGUUGAUGAAAAUAUAAAUAAAAAAACAGAUAAAGAAACUAAAUUAUUGAAUAUCUUUAAAGAUGCAUUAGAUAAAUAUAAUUAG